AGCAGUGGGGCCGAGUCCCUGCUUAGACAUUAUCACAGCUUCCUUUCUGGGAGUGGUUGUACUUUGUGUUCCUGGAAUCAGCAAAAGGGCCCUAGCCAGGGAUCACUGUCUGAGAAGCAGCAAAGCAGUCAUCAUGGAGCUCAUCACAGCUCUUCUGCUAGGACUCUUACUACUGGCUUUACUAUGGAGAAAGAUGUCUCGUCCUAAGGGCUUCCCUCCUGGACCUGUCCCCCUGCCUGUGAUUGGCAACAUACUGCAGAUGGGCUUUUCAAAUCCAUUGCCGGCAUUCAAGAAAUUCUCUGAGGAAUAUGGUCCAAUUUACAGCAUCUACUUGGGGUUCACCCCAGCUGUGGUGGUCCGAGGACUCAAAGAUCUCAAAGAAAUCUUAGUGAAUAAGGGACAGGAAUUUGCAGACAGGCCUUUUAACAGGCUGACAGAAGACAUCUCAGGAUCUAAAGGUCUGGUAUUAGCUCGUUAUGGGCAAGCAUGGAAGGAGCACAGGAGGUUCACCCUUUCCACACUCCGGAACUUUGGCCUGGGUAAAAAAUCCAUGGAAGAGAGGAUUUGUGAGGAGAGUGUGCAUCUAAUUCAAGAAUUUAAGAAAAAUAAAGAUACCCUACUUGAUCCACACUUUGUCAUUGAUAAUGCAGUGUCAAACAUAAUUUGUAUGAUUGUGUUCGGGAGGCGUUACGAGUAUAACGACUCAACGUUCCGAGAUAUACUUAACCUUAUACAUGAAAAUAUGAAGAUGGCAACUAGUUUUUGGGCUAUGCUAUACAGUGCGUUUGGAUUUGUCAAACACCUACCCUUGCCUCAUCAGAAGAUCUUCAGAAAUGUGAGGGUUUUCUUUGAUUUCCUUGAAAGGGUUUUAGAACAGCACAAGAGAACCAGGGUGCCUGGACAACCUAGAGAUUACAUAGACUGCUACCUGGAGGAGCUGGAAAAGGAGAAGGGAGAACGAAACAAGUUAACGUUUGAUAAUGAAAAUCUAUUCAUCUCUGUAGCCGAUCUGUUUAUUGCUGGCACAGAGACAACAUCCUCCAGCCUUGAGUGGAGUCUCCUGUAUAUGAUGAUGUAUCCAGAGAUACAAGAGAAGUGUCGGGAAGAAAUAGACAGAAUUCGAGGAGACAGAGACCAUCUUGACUAUGAAGACCGAGUAGGGAUGCCAUACACACAAGCUGUACUUCUAGAAGUCCAACGCUUUUCCUCAGUUGUCCCAUUGGGAGUUUCUCAUGCACCUAUAAAAGAUGUACAUCUGAAUGGCUAUACGAUACCAAAGGGAAUAAUGAUCAUCCCAGAUCUGUCCUCGUUGAACUAUGAUGAGCAACUGUGGAAGUAUCCACAUGAGUUUAAUCCUGAGAACUUCCUGAAUUCUGAAGGAGAGUUGCUGAAAGUAGAUAGCUUCUUACCCUUUUCUGCAGGACCCCGGGUUUGUCUUGGAGAGAAUCUUGCUCGCAUGGAGAUCUUUCUCUUCUUCACCACUAUGCUUACACAUUUUGAAUUUCAUUGGCCUGACCCCAAAUCUCCUCCAGACACCACCCCAGUUUUUGGCAUUUCUCAGGUUCCUAAACGUUUUAAGAUGAGACUGGAUCCUCGUAUAUAAAACUGAUCAUCUUCUAUCAUUGUUAACAUAUCACAACUCACAACAAGGCUUCAGCUGUUUUAAUAAAUUAUUGCGACAUUUAAUUGUCAGUUCCUCAUUCAUCAUUUAUUGCCAGAGUCUAUGGGACUGCAAUCAGCAAGUGAGGAAAUUGGGAUAUGACUCUAUGACUCUAUGAAGGAUUGGAGUCUUGGAGAAAUAAAACACACAACCACAGAUGACUCAUUUUGACAUCACAGUGCAAACUAAAGGCCUCUUUACACAGUCCGACUGUGCCGGCAAUUAUGAUGAAGAAACUGUUCCCGUUAAUUGUGAGAAGAAGUAAGAGCUGCAUGUACCCGCCGCAAUCAACUUACACU